AUGGCUACUGCGUAUGUUUAAGAAUAUAAGUCUAGCAUCCGGUCAUGGUUGCUAAGACGUUGAUUAUAACUGCUAAAUCCUUCAAAGCUUAAGCUCUGAAGGUGGUGAAUAUUGUUUGAAUUGAAUAAUUUUCAACUUGCAAUAUUUCACUUAUACCUGUUUUAGGUAUUUCUUACAGAAAUGUAAGGUAUUGUCAUUUGUCAAAUCUUGGAGAUAUUUAUUGUCUUUUUGACUAUGAUUAAAUUUGAUUUACCAAGGGAAAAUUAGAUUAUCUUGCAGCAUUUAUUAUAACUUCGUUUUAGCCAAUGCUUGAUAUAUCUGUUUUCCUCUGAGUAAUAAAAUGGGUUUUAAUAUGAUGUGAGGUAGAAUGAACUUGGCUGUUCAGUUCUAUUUUCAUUUGUUUAACUUUUGACAUUUGCAAAACAUCGAAUAUUCUAACUCGAUAUUUUUCUUACUUGAGGGAGGCAUUUUUUGCUAGAAGAUUUUGAAAAUCUUCAUUACUAACAUGGUCAUAGUUUAUUAAACAAAAUCACUGAAGCUGUUUUACCAGAAUCAGCACAAAAAAAACAAAAAGCUCAAGAAAAAACUGCUGCUGAAAGAAAAGCUGCUAAAAAAACUAGAAAAUUAGUAUGUACUUAUCAAAUUUAAUUACAAGGUGUUUUAUUUUAUUUUUGAAGAUGAAAAUAACCUUUUUGAUUAUGGCUAGCUUCGGCUGUGUUGUCUUUCAGUUAACCAUCUUUCGGGACUGAGAAAAUAUGAUCAAAUAAACCUUGAAAUUUAACAAUUUGAUUACUAACUUCAUUUAGAGCUCUAAAGAAAAAAGACAAAUCAUCUUUGACAGAGCUGCCGCUUACCAAAAAGAAUACACUGAAGCUGAAAGAUCAGUUAUUCAAGCUAAAAGAGAUGCUAAAGCUGCUGGUUCAUACUAUGUUGAUGCUCAACCAAAAGUUGUUUUCGUUGUUAGAAUUAAAGGUAUCAACAAAAUUCCACCAAAACCAAGAAAAGUUUUACAAUUAUUAAGAUUAACUCAAAUUAAUGCUGGUGUUUUUGUUAGAUUAACCAAAGCUACUUCAGAAUUAAUUAAAUUAGCUGAACCAUACGUUGCUUACGGUUACCCAUCAUUGUCUACCAUUAGACAAUUAGUUUACAAAAGAGGUUACGGUAAAGUUAACAAACAAAGAAUUGCUUUAUCAGACAAUGCCAUCAUUGAAGCUAACCUCGGUAAAUUCAACAUUUUAUCAAUUGAAGAUUUAAUUCAUGAAAUUUACACUGUUGGUCCAAACUUCAAACAAGUUAACAACUUCUUAUGGCCAUUCCACUUAUCAAACCCAACUGGUGGUUUCAGAGCUAGAAAAUUCCAACAUUUCAUCCAAGGUGGUGACACUGGUAACAGAGAAGAAUUCAUUAACCAAUUAGUUAAACAAAUGAACUAA